AGGGCGCAUGCUUCCGAUGACGCAAGAUGAAAAGAUGCGCAUAAGGAAGAUCUUGUCAUCAGACAUCAACUUGAUGUCCUUUGAUGAAGACUUGCAAGCUAUGCGCAAAGGAAGAGAAGAUCUGAUGCGGUUGUCAGAAGAAGCGUCAGAAAGAGCAAUGCACGUGCGAUGCACGUGCAAUGCUCAGGAAGGUGGGUGAAACAAGACUUACUGAGAGGGAAAGAGCGAUGCAAGAACAGGCGUCAAGUCAGCACGCACAGAAGAGGCAACAACAGCUGUGUUUGAUGGUAAAAGAGAUGGAUGAAGAAGGUAAGUGUUGAUGCAUGU